AUGGCUAGCCAAUGUUUUGUUCGUCCAACUUUUGACAAUCCCUUUCUUAACAUUGAAGAAUUACCAGGUGAUACGAUUAUACGUAAACCUGAACCCCUCACACAAGCCAAUUCUGAUCCCAAUGGCACGUCCUUAGUUAUAUCUAAAGAUAUAGAUCUUGACAUCAACAAAAAAACAUGGCUGCGAAUAUACGUCCCACGACGAAUAAUUACAAAUCAUGAUGACGAAAAAUUGCCUGUCAUUUUCUACUACCAUGGUGGAGGCUUUGUUUUCUUCCAUGCCCAUAGUUUUUUCUGGGAUUUGUUUUGUCAAGGACUUGCUGGAAACCUUGGGGUAAUGGUUAUCGCCCUCGAAUUUCAUCUGGCCCCUGAAAAUCGCCUUCCUGCUGCUUACGACGAUGCCAUGGAUGGGUUAUAUUGGAUUAAAUCAACUUAA